ACGGUAGAACGAACUAUAAUGGCAUUCAAAUUCAUUACUUUUGCUGGACUUUUGGCGAUCGCCAACGCUGGGUUACUUCCAGUCCACUACGGCUACGCUGCGUCUCACUACGUCGAACAAGCUCCAUUGGUCUACUCAGCUCCGGUAGUUUCACAUACCGUGGUGAAGCCAAUUGACGAGGAAUUCGACCACCACCCCCAAUACAGCUUCAACUACGGUGUCCAAGAUCCCCACACUGGUGACUCCAAAUCUCAACACGAAGUGAGAGACGGUGAUGUCGUCAAGGGAAGCUACAGUCUCAUUGAAGCCGAUGGUACCAAAAGAACUGUCGAAUACACCGCCGAUGACCACCACGGAUUCAACGCUGUUGUCCACAAAGAACCAGCCCACUACGCCGUUAAAACUGUUGCUCCAAUAGUACACACUCCAGUAGUUCAAGCUCCAGUUUGUAGGCAGAGUGGCCGUAGUAGUUGGAGUAGCUGUUGUACGGUUUGUAUGCGAGAGGGGUGCGUUGUAGCUGUUGUAUGGUUUGUAUGGGACAGGUGCGUACACUGGAGCUUGAACUACUGGAGUGUGUACUACUGGAGCGUGUACAACUGGAGCAACAGUUUUAACGGCGUAGUGGGCUGGUUCUUUGUGGACAACAGCGUUGAAUCCGUGGUGAUCAUCGGCGGUGUAUUCGACAGUUCUUUUGGUACCAUCGGCUUCAAUCAGGCUGUAGCUUCCCUUGACGACAUCACCGUCUCUCACUUCGUGUUGAGAUUUGGAGUCACCAGUGUGGGGAUCUUGGACACCGUAGUUGAAGCUGUAUUGGGGGUGGUGGUCAAAUUCCUCGUCAAUUGGCUUCACCACGGUUUCAUUACUUUUGCUGGACUUUUGGCGAUCGCCAACGCUGGGUUACUUCCAGUCCACUACGGCUACGCUGCGUCUCACUACGUCGAACAAGCUCCAUUGGUCUACUCAGCUCCGGUAGUUUCACACACCGUGGUGAAGCCAAUUGACGAGGAAUUUGACCACCACCCCCAAUACAGCUUCAACUACGGUGUCCAAGAUCCCCACACUGGUGACUCCAAAUCUCAACACGAAGUGAGAGAUGGUGAUGUCGUCAAGGGAAGCUACAGCCUGAUUGAAGCCGAUGGUACCAAAAGAACUGUCGAAUACACCGCCGAUGAUCACCACGGAUUCAACGCUGUUGUCCACAAAGAACCAGCCCACUACGCCGUUAAAACUGUUGCUCCAGUUGUACACGCUCCAGUUGUACACACUCCAGUGACGCCAGCUCACCUAAGUGUUGGACACUACGCCUCAGCGCCGAUUGCCUACGCCCCCAUAGCCAAGACGGUUCUGACCAAAGCCGUGGACACUGAGUACGACCCUCACCCAGAGUACAACUUCUCCUACGGCGUCCACGACAGCUUGACCGGUGACGCAAAGACCCAGCAAGAAACUCGCCACGGAGAUGUUGUUGAAGGGAGCUACAGUCUUGUUGAAGCUGAUGGAACUCGCCGCGUUGUUCACUACACCGCUGAUGAUGUCAACGGAUUCAACGCUGUGGUUGAAAAACAACCCGCUGCUGUUGCUGUUAAAGCCGUUGCUCCAGUAGUUCACGCUGCUCCAGUUGCCUACAAAACUGCCCCUGUCUACCAUGCUGCUCCAGUUGCCUACAAAGCGGCUCCAGUUUAUCACUCUGCUCCAGUUUACCAAGCUGCUCCAGUUUACCAAACUGCUCCAGUAGCUUACAAAGCUGCAUCAGUUUACACAGCAGCACCUGCUCACUACACUGAGGCCUUCAUCACCCUUUUCGCACUCGUAGCUGCAGCAAACGCUGGAUUCGUGCCAGCAAGUUACCACGCUCCAUUGGCAUACGCUGCACCAGCGGCGUACGCAGCUCCAGCAUUAGCCAAAAUCGCUACUCCUGUCUUGGCAAAAUCUGAAGGUGCUUACGACCCUCACCCACAAUACAGCUUCUCGUACGACGUCCAAGACUCAAUUACCGGCGACAACAAGCAGCAAUACGAAUCCCGUGAUGGAGACUCUGUUCAUGGAAGCUACAGCUUACUCGAAGCCGAUGGAUCCCGACGAAUUGUUGACUACACUGCCGACCCCAUCAACGGAUUCAACGCUGUUGUUCGCAAAGAACCCGCAUCCGCUCCAAUUGCCCUUGCCCAUGCUGCCCCUGUAUUCAAAGCAGCACCUUUGUUUUUGGUAACACUUGGAUCCAUCCUAGCAGUCGCUCAGGCAGGAAUUAUCGCAGGACCACCAGUACCAGUUGUUAAGGCUUCAACGGAUUACGAUCCUCAUCCGCAGUACACUUACGCUUACGAUGUCCAAGAUUCAUUGACCGGAGACUCAAAAUCUCAACAUGAGACGCGAAAUGGCGAUGUCGUCAGCGGAAGUUAUAGCCUUAUCGAAGCCGAUGGAACAAGAAGAUUGAUCGUAAUUUUGGCAGCUGCCUUCACCGCAAAAGCUGCGAUAGUACAAGUGGCCCCAGCUGCGCAAGUAGUUCAACCUGCAGCAGUAGUACAACCAGCAUCAGUAGUCGUGGCAGCCAAAUACGAAGAUUACGACGCAGCACCACAAUACACCUUCGCCUACGACGUUCAAGACGCUCUGACCGGUGACUCGAAAGCUCAGUACGAAACCCGAAACGGCGAUAUCGUACAAGGAAGCUACAGCCUGAUUGAACCCGACGGUACCAGAAGAAUCGUCGACUACACCUCCGACCCCGUCAAUGGAUUCAACGCCGUGGUCAGUCGCGAACCUGCAGCCAUUGCAGUUCCAGCAGCCCCCGCAGUAGAAAUCGCUCCAGCGGUUCCAGUUUCUCCCGUAGCGGCUCCAGUAGCUCCGGUGGCUCCAUUUGGUUUCGCCCCGGGACAAGUCUUUCCCGGUGGACCCGGACCUGCUCCAGCACCUGCCGUUCCCGAAAGCGGACCUGACUCAGAUGUUGAAGUUAUUGACGCAAGGUCUGGACCGCUGAGACGCGAGCAAACCCAGAGAGUUACGGAAGCUCAGCAAAGGUUCGGAAACCGGAUCCCCGCUGAAAGGCAAAACUCUGCUCCCUUGAGAGCUCAGGCCACUAGGGUGAAUUCUGAAGAAGCUGCUCAAGAGAAUGCAAGAAACGCGCAAGCUCAAAACCAAGCUCAGGUUCAAAAUCAAGCUCAGGCUCCAGUAACUCUUAACUACCCGCCUUACUCAGCCUACGCUGGAGCUUACUCAUCACCUUUGGCAUUCACUGCUCCAAUCAUUGUCUUCGUAAGUAUCAUCAGCAUCUCAAAAGCAGGACUAGUUCCAGCACCAGUAUUAGCAAAAUUGGACGACUACGAUCCUUACCCUCAAUAUACAUUUGCCUACGACGUCCAAGAUGCUGUAACUGGUGACUCAAAAGCUCAAUACGAAACCCGGAAUGGUGACAUCGUACAAGGAAGCUACAGCCUAAUCGAAGCUGAUGGGACCAGAAGAAUAGUUGACUACACGGCUGAUCCAGUAAAUGGAUUUAACGCCGUCGUAAAUCGCGAACCUGCUGUUGCAGUCACGCCAGUUGUCGCCAAAACUGUGCCCGCUGCACCAAUAGUUGUUCCCGCUGCUCCUGUGGCUGCUAAAUUUCUCGCUCCGGUAGCUUCUGCUCCACUAGUCUCUGCACCAGUUGUCUCUGCUCCGGUUAUCGCAGCACAGUACAGAGCUCCUGUUGCUAUCAGACCGGCAACUUUAAUCAGAGCCGCUCCUCUACUUUCCGCACCGUUUGUCUUCAAGCAGGCCCAAAUAAUUCCAACUGCAAGACUGGUAUCACCCGCAGCAGCCGCAGUAAGGACAGCUCCAAGACCUGCUAAAAUUACCAAAGCUAACAACAGAAACAACAAUAAAAAAGUCGCUCAGCUAUCCGCGCCUUUAACUUCUGAAGCAGCGGGAUACCCCGCGACAGUGUCUUACCACGCCCAACCCGCUGCAGUGGCCUACCACGCACAACCCGCUACAGUAGCUUACCAUGCUCAACCCGCUGCAGUAGCUUACCACGCACAGCCCGCCGCAGUAGCUUACCACCCCCAACCCGCAGUAGCCUACCACGCUCAACCCGCCGCAGUAGCUUACCACGCACAGCCAGCUUUAGUCGCCCACAAAACUAUUAACGCUGAAGAUGACCCUCAUCCUCAAUACAGCUUCAACUACGACGUACAGGACUCUGUAACUGGUGACUCAAAAUCUCAGCAUGAAACCCGCGACGGCGAUGUAGUGCACGGAAGUUACAGUCUUUUGGAAUCCGAUGGAACCCGCAGAACUGUCGAUUACACCGCUGAUGACGUAAACGGAUUCAACGCUGUUGUCCACAAAGAACCCGCUCAAGUUGCCGUCAAAGCAGUUCAUGCCGCUCCAGUUCAUGUUGCCCACGCCGCGCCCAUCUACGAACAGCCGCAAUUCUACCACUCAGCUCCGGCUUACUACCACCAUUAA